AUGUAUUCGAGGACCCAUGGCCUAAAUGCUGGACCAAUAAUUCAUGGCCUUAAUGCUGGAUCAAUAAUUCAUGGCCUCAAUGCUGGAUCAAUAAUUCGUGGCCUCAAUGCUGGACCAAUAAUUCAUGGCCUCAAUGCUGGACCAAUAAUCCAUGGCCUCAAUGCUGGACCAAUAAUCCAUGGCCUCAAUACUGGACCAAUAAUCCAUGGCCUCAAUGCUGGACCAAUAAUCCAUGGCCUCAAUGCUGGACCAAUAAUCCAUGGCCUCAAUGCUGGCCUAAUAAUUCAUGGCCUCAAUGCUGGCCUAAUAAUUCAUGGCCUCAAUGCUGGACCAAUAAUUCAUGGCCUCCAUGCUGGCCAAAUAAUUCAUGGCCUCAAUGCUGGCCAAAUAAUUCAUGGCCUCAAUGCUGGCCUAAUAAUUCAUGGCCUCAAUGCUGGACCAAUAAUCCAUGGCCUCAAUGCUGGACAUAUGAUUCAUGUCCUCAAUGCUGGACCAAUAAUACCUGCCCAAGGUUAA